GGUAAAUCAAGACUCAUUUCAUUCGUCCGGAUUGAUGAGCUCGUUUUAUUGUCUGCAGGUUUCUUCUUUAGGACUUCAUGUGGCGAGUUCUGUCAGUAAAUGGAAGAUGCAAACAUUGUAACGGGUAAUGGCAGUCAAAGUUGCCGUUUGUUGUACAACAUACCAUAGUUACUCAUAGUUAGAGCUCAGCGUACUACCCACAGAUGGAAUAUUGUCUUCACAAAUUAAAACUAAUGCUAGGUCAUCAUCCUGGUCUCGUUACUGUUCGUUUCGAUGCAAGCCACUAUUAUCAUGAUACCUUCCACAACAGACUUGAGAUAUCAGGCUCCCUAGAUAUUUCGUUCUAAACUAGCUGUAUUUAUAUCAUCUCCAUUAUACCCGAUACGUGGAACUUUAAUCGAAUCUUCGGCUUAUCACUUGUCUAAUGAGAAGUUUCCGCCAAAAAAUUUCCAGAUCAUAAUUUCAUCAACUAAGCAAAGAAAUAUGUCUACAACUCCUAUAGGAUCAUGCCCACUCGGCGGGAAUUGGUGGAUAUGUCUAGAUCAGUCGCCGACAUUCUUCGGGUGUUGCGCCAGUGAUCCAUGUAAUGGAAUUGGCUGCCCUGAAGAAGACCUUUUAGCUGCAGGAAUGGGAACUGCGGGUGGUCCGGACGCUUCUAGCAACGAUGGAUCGUACUGGCCAAAUGCGGGUUGCCCCAGCGGAGGAGUCUGGUAUACUUGCUCCAGACAAACUCCCUCAUUUCAAGGUUGCUGUGAUGAUAGCAAUGAGCCUGGUUCGAUGGAGAAAUUUGAUCCAUGUCAUGAGAAUGGUUGUCCAUUAUCCAGGCUCUACGCUGCAGCAUUCAACAGCGUUCCAGCUGAAUUUACCUCUGUUAUUUCCUCUAAGUCUCCAUCUGUCUGCACUUCAUCAUUGUCUAUUUCAACAAUUUUGACUUUACCGUCCUCGACUUCAUCAUCUUCGACGCUAUCUUCGAUCUCUGCACCUCAUUCAAUUUCUUUACCUUCGACUACCUCCUCUACUGUAACAAAUUCUGCUGCUGACACUACAUCGACCCAAACUCCAUCAUCUCAAGAAUCGGCUACAGCGAGUGUGACAGUAAGCUCAACUGCUCACAGCUCAAACUCAAAAUUACCCAUUACUGCAAUCAUAGGGAGUGCUUUAGGUGGAGUGGUUAUUAUCCUACUUGUUCUUUUGGUUAUCUUUUGUGUCCAACGACGGAAAAAGAGAUCUCCAUUGGCAGGUGCAGUCGAGCCAUAUUAUCAACCACCAACUCAAGACAUGUCCGUGGUCAAAGUUACUUCAUCACCUUUCGUAUAUGAAGGUGGCCCUUCAGACGCUAAAGCGUCGCAGAAAGAUUAUCGCCCAGUAUCAGAGAUACCAUCAUCUCCACCUCUUAUUCCUGCUCCACCUUAUCAAUCGGCGCCUCAAUCUCCAGACUUUUCUAAUUACCAUGAGAUCGACUCUUCCAUUUUACAUGAAGUCGAAUCCCCGCCUCUUCAACAAAAAUCAUUUUUUUCCCGACCAGGAACAGUAGGACUACCAGAAACAUCCGAGGAUCCUUCCCGGGCAUCAUUACCGGAAGUUUUGAAAUCGGAGUCUUCCAGAAAUUGA